AUGCCAGCUAGACAAGCGGACAAAACGCCUUAUGACUUUGGGUACGAGACAAAGGGUACAAAGAGGAUCAUGCGUUACAGGCACAAGAACUUUAUAACCAAUGGUACCAUGUCAAAACGCUCCUUCGAGGCUACCUUCAACAUCAUUAUUGAUUAUGCAGACUGGGCAAUCGCCAAUAAAAGGGACUCGGUAUUCAACUCAUCGGAUAACUUUGUUAUUGCUGCUGUGGGUAUUCAUAAGACCACAACGUGGACUCAACAUGGCGGUCACAACGAUAUGGCAGACGAGACAGAGCACGUGACUCUUUCAGCAUUGCUUGCAAAAAGUCUUGAUAAAAACCCAUUCGGUCCCACAGGGCACAUCAAAUUGAAGUUGGCCAAAAAGGAAAAGGAUGCGAGACUUGACUCUGUUGAAACCUUUUCCUUUAAUCCACUACAUAAAAAUGCGCAAGGGGUAACAGAACCUAUUUCUUGGUUCCCCGGUAAGCAAUUCACGAAAAUCAACGGUGAUGCUAUCCGCGAGUGUUUCCCUGGGCUGAAGUUUGAGCGAACGCCGAGCCCAGAAUUACAGGCUCCGGUAGAAACCAGAAAAGAGGCCGCAAUCCCCGAAAAGAGCGCCUGGGGUGCGCCUAAGACUACGACCACUACUCCCGCCGCGGCUAAGUCUAAGUCCACUGUUGCAGACCUGGGAAAGAAGUUGACAUCUACAACCAUUACCCCGCAAAAGGCAGAAUCGAGUCGAGGUGGAGCGGGAAAUCUGCCUCCGUCUAGAAGUACUGGCAGAGCUGCUGAGCGUUCUAGUCGACCACCAGCACAAGAUGCUACAAAGGAAGUGAAAUCAAGAUCGAGAUCUCGCACCCCGGGAGGUACAAGGAAGCCUACGACGUCGUCUACUACUACCGCGAAGACUCAGAGGACCGCUCCUCCGCCCGCUCCUAGUUCUGCGUCGAGAACUUCAACAUCUACUACAAAGACAGCGUCAGCGUCAAAAACUUCAACUUCAAAGUCAGCGAGAAAGCCAGAUCUGAAAGGUCCGAAUGACCCGACCAAUAAAAUGAAGAAGCCACCUGUUGGAUAG